CUCUCUCAUGGCUAGUGUUAGCUUCUUCUUCAUUUUCUUGUGCAUGGUGGUGUGUAUGGUAUCAGCACAGGAGGGAGUUGCACCAGACAACGGAGAGAAAGCAAAGGAACUCGUGCCUGCCAUGUUUAUAUUCGGAGACUCUCUCAUAGACAAUGGAAAUAACAACAACCUUCCUUCUUUCGCUAAGGCAAACUAUUACCCUUAUGGUAUUGAUUUUUCUGGUGGACCCACUGGCCGUUUCUCUAAUGGUUACACCAUUGUCGAUGUUGUAGCUGAGCUGUUGGGGCUUCCAUUGAUACCCCCAUAUUCAGAGGUGUCUGGCGAUGACGCCCUUCAUGGUGUAAACUAUGCGUCUGCGGCUGCUGGAAUCUUAGAUAUUACAGGCAGAAAUUUCGCGAGCCGCAUUCCCUUCAACCAACAGAUUCAAAACUUCCAAACCACCCUCGAUCAGAUCACAGACCGGCUGGGGGCGGACGACGUGGCCCAGUCCAUCGCUAAAUGCAUAUUCUUCGUGGGAAUGGGAAGCAAUGACUACCUCAACAAUUACAUGAUGUCCAUCUACAAUACUCGCAAUCAAUACAACCCACAGCAAUAUGCUACUCUCUUGAUUCAGCAAUACACUCGCCAACUCACCAGCCUAUACAAUCUGGGAGCUCGGAAAUUUGUAAUUUCCGGAGUUGGAUCGUUGGGAUGUAUACCAAGCGUCCUUUCACAAAACACUAACAGCCGUUGCUCGGAUGCCGUUGAUAACGUCGUACUUCCCUUCAACAACAACGUCAAAUCAAUGAUCAACGGCCUCAAUGCUAAUCUUCCUGGUGCGAAAUUCAUACACGUGGACAUUUUCCAGAUGUUCAUGGACAUUCUCCACAACCCUAGACAAUAUGGAUUCAAUGUGGUGGAUCGCGGGUGUUGCGGCAUCGGACGUAACGGAGGGCAGAUAACGUGCCUUCCAUUCCAGACACCAUGCGCGAACAGAAAUGAGUACGUGUUCUGGGAUGCAUUUCACCCAACAGAAGCUGUGAAUCUGAUAAUGGGAAGAAGGGCUUUCAGUGGGGACGCAAGUGUGGUACACCCUAUGAAUAUUCAACAGCUUGCAAAUCUUGAUAUUGAGCCUAACGAGUAGUAGGAUAUCAGCUGCUCUUUGAGUGAAAACAAACAAACAAAAAAAAAAAACAUAAACGAAGGAGAUACUUAUUUGAUUGAGAGAGAGAGAGAGAAAGAAGAGUGACAAACAAGAACAAAUUAAAUAGGGAUGUUUGUGAGUUGAGUUUUGUUCCUACAUUUGAUAUGUUUGUGUUUGGUUUGUUUUAUGAAAUAGGAUUGUGAUUCUCUUCAA